AUGGACAUACAAAGAAAAAUUAAAAAAUGCAUAAAUUUAAAAAGAAAAUUAAAGAAUCCAAAAGGAUGUCUUACAAAUAUUAAGGAUAAGAUUAUAAAAUGUAACGUAAAGGAUUUUCCAAGUACAAGGAAAAGAUAUUUUUUUAAUAUAUUCGAUAAAAAAAUAAAGAGAUAUAUAUUUAAUAAUGUAAUGAAUACUAGUAGAACAAAUAAUUUUGGUAUAGAAAAUAUAUCAUGGGUACAAUAUGAUAAGAUAAAAAAUAUUCCUUAUACAUGUCAUAAUAUAAAAUAUGAUAUACAUAGUUGUAAUAAUAAACAUAUAUAUGAUAACAAUUCUUAUAAUAUAAUAAAAAAAAGUAAUAUUCAGCUUUCUUCUUUUUUAAAAGGUAUUAUUUUUAAUAUAAAUUAUUUGUUAUACCUAUUUAAUAAAAACAAUCACAUUUAUUUUGAUUUACACCUCUUAUUUAAAAAUGAUUUAUUAUUACAAAGAAAUAUAAAUAUAUCCUAUGAAAGAAAUGUAGAUAAUAUGUCUAGGGAGUUACAUCAUAAAAGAGACAUAUUAACUAAUACUCAAAGUUUAUAUAAUAUUAAUGAUUUGUUUGCUUUGUUUAUAUUCUAUGUUCAUAUUAAGAGAUUUUAUUUCUACUUUUUUUAUACAAUUCUUGAAAGGAUUAAUGAUAUGCAAACUACAAAUGAUCAUAAAAAUGUAAGUGAUAUGAAAAAUGUAUGUGAUAAGAACAAUGUGUGUGAUAUGAAAAAUAUGUGUGAUAAGAAUAAUAUGUGUGAUAAGAACAAUAUGUGUGAUAAGAACAAUGUGUAUGAUAAGAACAAUGUGUAUGAUAAUAACAAUGUGUGUGAUAAGAACAAUAUGUAUGAUAAGAACAAUGUGUGUGAUAAGAACAAUAUGUAUGAUAAGAACAAUAUGUGUGAUAAUAACAAUGUGUGUGAUAAGAACAAUAUGUAUGAUAAGAACAAUGUGUGUGAUAAGAACAAUAUAUUCCAUAUGAACAACAUACAUAAGGAACAUAUUUAUCAUAUUUUUUCACACGAAAAUUAUUAUAACAUUCAAAAUAUGAACAGUGAAUAUUGCCUAAAAUUUUUAAACGCUUGUAUACAAUUAAAGAAUGUCAUCUCCAAUAUUGUAAAUACAAAUAAGAGGAAAAAAGAAAAAAAUGUUACAAACCAUCAGAAUAAUAUCCGAACAUGUCGUAUUAAUUAUUUUGUCUUUUUUAAAAAUGCGAUAUUUACAAAAUGCAAAAUUAUAAAAAAGAAAGAAAAAAAAAAAAAAACGGACGAACAAAUAUAUAUUAAGGCAUACAUACAUAAUUGUGUGUAUACAAAUAUUUUUAAGCACAUGUUAUUGCAAAACAUAAAGAUGGAAAAAAAAAAAAUAAUAAUAAAUAAAAAUAUAAUAAAUGAAAAUAUAAUCAAUAAAAAUAUAAUAAAUGAAAAUAUGAUUGAAUUAUUUAAUAAUAAUAUAAUAAAUAAAAAUAUAAUUGAAUUAUUUAAUAAUAAUAUAAUAAGGAAAAAAUAUAUUCAUUUUUUUUUUUUAAAAAAACAGAAAUAUAAAAAUAUGAUGUACCAUAAGUUUAAAAAGAGAAAAGAUAUGAACACAUUAAUAAUGUGUGAUAAAUAUAUAAAUAAAUCGAUAUGCUUAUUUUUAAAUAAGUUUCAAGACUCUUCCAUUUUUAUAAAGUAUAUGAAAAUUAUUAAAAAGUCAAACAUAAUAAAUUAUUUAUAUGAUGAUCAUGUUUUUAUUAAGUCAUUAAUCAAAUGUAUUAAAAAGAAUUGUGCUUAUUUCACAGGACAAGAUUUGAUAUUUAUAUAUAAAUGGAAAACACAUAUGAACAAUUUGGAUAAUAUAAAUCAGCAUAAUAAUAAAUAUAUAAAUAAAUAUAUAAAUAAAUAUAUAAAUAAACAUAAUAAUAAUAAUAUGUAUAACAAAACAGACAAGGUAGAACAUAAUAAUGUCGUAUUUUCCUUCUCUCUUAUAAAAGAUGAUAUUUUUCGACACAUUGAAGAUUACCAUUUUCAUCACAUAAAAGAUAUUAUCUAUAUAUGUUACAAAAACAAAUUGUAUGAAUACAAAUUAUUCCAUAAAAUUAUAAAACAUUUAAUAAAGAAUAUAAACAAAAUAUGUUCUAAAUAUUUAGUCACAAUAAUUAUUCUUAUGUAUAACAAAUUAAAUUGUAAAACCGAACUAAAAGAACUGUUAUUCAUCCUAUUAAAUAAUUAUAGACCAUCCUUAAAACAAAGAAAUAAAAGAAAUAAUAUAUCUCUAAAUAAUAUAUAUUUAAAAAAUAUAAAUAAAAGAUAUAUUAAAAAAAAAAAAAAAAAAAAAAAUAUAUAUAUUUAUACUAUAUGCAAAAAAAAUAAUCUUGGUAAUAUACACAAACCUAAUGUUAUGAUCACAUCUAAUCAUAACAAUAUUCUAUUUAGAUCCUUUGAGUAUGUAAAAGUACACAAAUUAUUAUUAUUUAUUAAUAUUUUAAUAAAAAGUAAUAUAUAUAUUAAUUAUGAAUGGUCCCUUUAUUUUUUCUCUUUAAUUAAACAAAAAUAUGCUUUUAUAAAAAAGAAAGGUUUCUAUAUAUUAUGUUAUAUAUUAUUUCAUAUACAAAAUAAUAAUAAUGUAAUAUAUAAGUCUUAUGAGCAUAUUUUUAAUCCUUAUAAUAAAUAUAAUAUAAUAAAAUUUACUUUACCUCAAAUUCUAUGUACAUCAAAUAUAUAUUCAUUAAUAUAUGUAGCUUUUCUACUAUAUAGCACUAAUAACACAAGGAAUUUUAUAAAAAUAUUUUUUACAAUAAUCCUAAAAUUUUAUGAUUCUUCUAUGAUCAAACAAAUACAAAAUAACAAAAAUAAUUAUCAACAUAUAUCAUGUCAUAAUUAUAGCACGAAGAAUGACAAUUCAGAAUAUUAUAUACCAGAUGAUGAUAACAAGUUAUUAUAUAAUUACUCUUAUAAUCAACUAUAUGAAAAGAACCAUUUUAAUGAUGACAAUAUUUUUAUACAUGAUUUAAAAAUUUAUGAAAGAAAUAUUAAUAAUAAAUAUCAAAAAAUAAAAGAUAAAAAAAAAAAAUAUGCAUUCAAAAAUAAAAUUAAUUUAAUUAAUAUACCAUUCAUAUGUAAUAAUAUAAAAGAACAUUUUUCAUUUCAUCCAUAUGUAAAUAAUAUAAAAUAUGAAACCCGAAACCCUCAAAAUCUUUCCAAAUUAAUGUAUAUAAAUAAUUCACAAAAAUUUCAAAAUACACAUAAACCUAAUUUUCCACAUAUACUAAAUUAUUCUCUAUACACACAUAUCAAAAAUAAUCCUAUAAAAAAAAAUGAAACAAAUAAUCUUUAUAUUAAGAAUGAUUAUUAUAAUCAACAAGAAAAAGAAAUAAACAAGUCAUCUAUAAAUAAUAAAUUUGAAACUAUCAAUAAUUAUUAUAAUAUAUAUACAGAUAAUCUUUUUAAUCGUGUUCAUAAAUCUCGUUUAAUACUUAUACUUAUAUAUCAUUUUUUAUUUUUUAUUAUUAGUUCAAAUAAUAUCCAUAAUAAUAACAACAACAACACAAUUUAUAAUAAUAUUAAUAAUAUUAAUAAUAUUCAUAAAUCAAAUUAUGUUAAUACAAAUUUUACAAAUAUAAAACAAGAUUCUCUCUUAUAUAAAAUAAAAAAUAAAUAUCUUCUCUUAUUCUAUAAAACUUAUAUUAUAUGUAUAUCUUAUAUAAACAUGUCAUUAAAAAUUACCAAAAAUAUGAAUAAUAAUAAGAACGCCCAGUCGUCAAAAUUGCACAAACAAAUAUUCUCCCACAUAUCGGAACUUGUACAAAAUAAAGAUAAAUACCAUAUGGUAAAUGAAUAUGUACACUAUCCUUAUGAGAUAGACAUAUGUAUAAAAAGGGUCAUCACAAAAAAUAAAUAA